AUGGUUCGUAAAAAAUCAACUCUAUCAAAAGUUAGAACACGAACAGAAGCAUAUAAACGAAAACAACAUGCUCAUUCAGAUGCGAGUCAUUUUCGUAAUCAACUGAAAACAAAAUCAAAGAUUCAUAUUUUAGAUAAAUAUCAUAAUAAUUUAGAUUUUCGUAAUCAAUAUAAAGCACGUUCAAAAAAAAGAGUUUCGAAGAAGUAUAAAUCUGAUCCAAUGAUACGAAUGAAAACAAUUGAACGUGCAAUGAAUUGGUAUCAUAAAAAUAAUACACUGAUGAGACAAAAUUCCAGACGACUUUAUAAUCAACGUAGACGUAUUCUAAAAAAAUAUAUUUCUAUUCAGAACCAUAAAUGUAUAUAUAAGCAAAGCAAUUUAUACAUGAAUAACUUGAAUAAAUUUCGACAAGUAAUUCAAGAAGGACCUGAUUAUGUUUGUAUAUCAUGUCAAUUAGCACUUUUUCGUAAUCAAGUGAUACCAUUCGUUGAAGAAAAGUAUAUAACACAAAACAUGUCAUAUGAAAUAAAAAAACACAUUCAAUCUUACUUUAUGUAUUCAUCGUCAAGAGAACAAAAAUGGAUUUGUAAAUCAUGUUCAGACAAAAUAAAGAAACGACAAAUGCCAAGCCGAGCAGUCGUGAAUAGAUUGAAAGUUUGUGAAAUUCCAUCUGAAUUAAAAAGAUUAAAUAAUCUUGAAAAACAUUUGAUUGCUUUACGAUUACCUUUUAUGAAAAUUGUAAAUUUAACAUCAGGAAAAUUAUCGAGUAGAUUUUCACAAAAAGGUACUAAAGGGCCACUUCAUUGUGUGCCAUCAGAUGUAGAAGACACUGUAACUACAUUACCUCGUCCAGUUGAUAAGUCGAUGAUGGUUCGAUUACAACUGAAACGACGACUAAAAUACAAAGCUGUAUGGGAAGAACAAUUAAUAAAUCCAAAUGAUGUAAGAGAUGCACUAUUUGUUUUAAUUAAGAUGCAUCCAGGAUAUAAAAGUAUAAAGAUAAAUGAUAUUCAUG